AUGGUGGCGAAUAUGAAGGAGGACAAUCCCUUCAAGCUGCCUUCGGAUGACAAGAUCUUCGCCAUGAGGGAGGAAGAAAGACAGAGAAGGGCGGAGGAACGUGAGCGUGUGAAGCAUCAGCAUGUCUGGGAGAAAGUGACGGCUGCUUGCAGACAUAGCCGGACACGGCGCAUCGAUGAUAUCGACGAUGCCCAAGCGUCCGCCGCACGUCCAGAUGCCCGCCUUGUUGAGGGCCUAGGUCGAGAUGCCCGAAGAGACAAGGAGAACAUCUCUGACUUUGUGGCCAAGAAACGUGAGAUGUUCUUAGUCCAGAUGAGUUUAGAUGUGAAGAAGGCUGAGAUUCUGAAGCUCGAUGCCCGAGCCAAAGACAAGGAAGAGGCACUGAACAAGUCAAAGCAGAUGCUGGAUAAAGACGUGGAGCGUUUUGAUGCCUUCUUAAGUACCAACGACGAUCGCGCCCACGAUGCGAUGCAGAAAGCGGAUACAAAGGCCAGGGAGAAACAAGAAAGAGUCAUCAAGAUCAAGCAGCUCAAGUCCCAGCUCAGUGCCAUUCAGAUUCCGCCCAACUGUCCGGGACAUCGCAUUUCUGGGAGGCUUGGUGUUUUGUGUGUUCACCGCAGCCAUUCCUGCGCCAUUUCCCAGUCUGUAUCCUGGAUACCCACCAUGGCUUCCGCGUAUACCGUGGUUGGGAAGGAUGCUCCGAAGGAUGUGGAGAUGGAAAGCGGGCUUGAAAGUAGCACAUCUGGCGACGAGGAUGAAGGCCUCUGGCGCUUGGCAGCUCUGGGGAUUGUCUUGUGCCUUUUCCACCUUAUGGCCACAUAUCCACUUCCAGAGAAACUGGUCCUGAAAGAUCCGGUGAACCAUCCUUACCAUCACAUGCGACUGACGGUUUUCUUCGGCUUUGGCUUCCCCUUUCUGCUGCAAUGGCUGGGGAAUACCUCCCUCACCCUGCAGCCUUUGCUGCUUAUGGUCAUCUUCUUCCUGUCUAUUCAGAGUGUCCUUUUGGCCAUUACAGGCCUAUGGUUACAAAUGGGUCUGGCAUUAGCCCUGCUUGUUGCUGUCUUGGGCUUGGCCUGGCCCUAUGGAUCCAGCUUUGGAUGGCUCAAGGACUUUUUCCAAGGAGCCUAUCAGCACCUGUUUGAAGCCACGAAAUUGCGGCUGAAGAUCUACACUUUCAUUUUUUCGGGCUUUCCCUUCUUCCUCCUCAUGCCCAUCUUUGGAUCCUGGGAACAGGCACAGCGAUGGGUGCGCUGGCAUCCCUAUAACCUCGAUGCUGAGCUGUUGUGGCGCGGAACCUUUGCGACCUUCGCGCUGGCCCUGUUCUUCACCGCGGCAAAUCCCAAGGUGAACAACUCGAUCGUGGCCUUCUUUGCAGCUCACUGUGUUUGCCACAGCGUGUCUAUGUUCAUCGACAAUCGGCUGCUGCCAGCUGAUGGCAACGACAAUGUGGAGCACUUGCUGGAGAUUUCAAUCUUCAUGGCCAUUGGCUUGUUUCACUUCUUCGUGGGUAGAGUAGUUUGGUAUUGA